AUGAGUACUGAAAGCCGUGUGAUAUUGGUGACUGGAGGAUCCGGGUUAGUUGGUCAGGCGAUAAAAACUGUAAUCAAUGAAGAAAAGUCCCAAAAUAAUGCGAAUUCAAAGAACGAAACUUGGAUAUUUUGUGGAUCUAAGGAUGGGGACCUCAGAGAUAAGGCCCAAACGGAUGCUUUGUUUGAGAGACAUCAACCCACACAUGUGAUACAUUUAGCUGCCAUGGUCGGAGGACUAUUCCACAACAUGGCACACAAUUUAGACUUCUUUAGGGAGAAUAUGGCUAUUAAUGAUAAUGUGCUGAAUGCCAGUUAUAAAUAUAAAGUUAAGAAAGUAGUAUCCUGUCUGUCUACAUGUAUAUUUCCUGAUAAGACCACAUAUCCAAUUGAUGAGACUAUGGUGCAUGAUGGUCCACCUCACACUUCAAACUUUGGUUACAGCUACGCGAAGAGAAUGAUUGAUAUACUAAACAGAGGUUACCGCGAGAUGCACGGCUGCACGUUCACGUCGGUGGUGCCGUGCAACGUGUUCGGGCCGCACGACAACUUCAACCUGCGCGCCAGCCACGUCAUCCCCGCGCUCAUCCGCCGGAUGGACGACGCCAUGCAGAACGGCGACCAUCAGUUCUCAGUGAUGGGCAGCGGUCGCCCACUGCGGCAGUUCAUUUACUCGCUGGACCUCGCGCGGCUCUUCGUGUGGGUGCUGCGGAACUACGACAGCGUUGAACCUAUCAUACUGUCAGUUGAUGAAGAAGAUGAGGUCCCAAUAAGUACAGUGGCCGAGAUGAUAAAGAAAGCUCAUGGGUUCUCCGGUGAGAUAGUCUACGACAUCACGAAGGCAGACGGCCAGUAUAAGAAAACAGCUUCGAAUAAGAAACUCAGAAGUUUAUAUAAAGACUUCAAAUUCACUCCGUUCGAGACCGCCAUACACGACACUGUUGCAUGGUACAAACAAAACCGAGAACACGCCAGAUUAUAA